AUGGACGUGGCGCUCAAACGCAUUGCCGACGCCGUGCGGCGCACCUGCGGCGGUGUCGUGUCCAGCGCGAUUGAAACGCGUGCUGUGCCGGGCAUGGGCGUAGGAGUUGUUGCGCGCGAGCACAUUCCAAAGGACACGCUGGUGUUCCAGGCUGGACGCGACGCCUGGUACCCCUUUUCAGCAGACUGUGCACUGGACACUGCGCAGCAGAGAGCGCCUGGAUUUGUGCAGCAGUGGGAAGCACUGCUCGCGUCGAACCGGACGCUACGCAAUGGACCUUCGGUUGUUCCCAACGCGCUGGUCAUGGCGGUGCACUUGCUGGUGAAUUUCACUUACGCGGAGAGAGACUCCGAUGCAGCGCUCGUGGCUACGACUGUCGAUACGCUGCCGCUGGAAGAGCUGUAUGUCAAUGCACUGCCUCGAGUAGUGGACUUGCCGUUGUUUUGGAGGCAGCGGCAGCUGGAGGAGCUACAAGGGUGCGAGGAGGCGCGUCGAGCAAUGCAGCACGGAGUGCACUUUUACUCGCAGAUUCAUCGGCAUCUUUUUGGCAGCCAUAACCAGUUUGUGAAGAUGGAAGCGUUCUUCUGGGCCAUUUCCAUCCUGAUGUCGCGCGCGACGUCCGGCCAGGAUCAGCCAUUCACGCUCAUUCCGUUCUUUGACUGGUUCAAUCACGCGAACAACGGCGGUGAGUGCAUCCAGGCGUUUGAUCCCCAGAAGGGCUUUACAGUGCAUACCACAAAAGCUUACGAGCGAGGCGAGCAGCUUUUCAUUAGCUACGGCAAUCACGGUAAUCUUCGGCUGCUGCGCAAUUACGGCUUCACAAUUGCUGCAAACCCGUUCGACGUUGUCGACCUUCCGAUGCCGGACUCGUUGCAGCAGCUGAAUCCAGCCGACCCAGCUUUCGCUCAGAAACGAGAGUCGCUGCUAUCAUCUGCAGCUGGCACUCAAACUGAUGGAUUUGCGUUGAAACGCGUGAGGUUUCAGCACGAUGGAAGUCUCGAUCCGAGUGCAAAGUUGUGGCUGGCCAUCCUGCUUGCAACGCCGGAAGAACUGAAUGAGAUUGUCAGACACGCAGUUGUGCAGAGGACACCAGGAGAUGCAAUGGCCCCAUUGCUGUUACUUCCGCCCACGUUGACACGCAAGGUCGAUGCUGUAGUCCAUAAGCUGGUGACACGUAGACUCGAGCAGCAUUCUUCUUCACUCAAGGAAGAUGAAACGUUUCUCCGAGCGAAUGAUCAGCGCAUGGCGGCGUGGCUGCGGUCGUGCCUGCACGUUCGUAUGAGUGAAAAACAGACGCUGAUGCGCGCAGCAUCCAAACACGCCUAA